AUGAUGACUUCGACUCCAAAGUCAGAGAAAUGCAUACAAGAUAAUAUUGGUGAUGUUAUAUUAGCGUACGGUGCGUUAGUCGGGACAGGUGUGCGCCGUCGCAGGCGGAGCCGUGGAGAUGCAUGGAGCAAGUACUUUCACUCUCGCUGGUCCGACAGCAAGUCCCAGGGCAGCAGGGCCAGUGCCGCCGCGCCGCUGUUGGGGUUCGCACCGCUCGUUACUGAGACAUCCCGCCAUAAGCACGCUCCGCUAACCAUCACCUCGUUUGUUCGUUGCUCUGCUGAAUAA